GAACAGCUCACGUUCGCAGAGAUGUACGCGUACUUGCGUAGUGAACUUACCGGACUCGACGUUCAGAGGGCAAAAGAAGUAGUAAACGCAACUGAAUAUGCCGAAGUAAUCUUCCUGCUCGCUCAUCUGAGAAGUGGGAGACCGGACGAGCGCAAAUGGAGAGCCGCGAUGCACGAUCUGACCCGUUCGAUCUACAAAGUGCUCAACCGAUCUCUAACCAAGACAAUCGAUCUCCGCAUUAGCGAGUUGGAGGUCAAGACGGGAGCCACAGCAGAUCCAUGGUCUCAGAAACUGUUCCCUCAGGCCGAAUCAGCUGACACGGACCGGAUCUGCAGCAACGCGUCACUCCGAGUAAUUCAAAACACUAUUAAGGCUCAAGUGGAAGGAGACCUAGUUCUUCUGCUACAACCCGACUUCCCAGUCUAUCCU